AUGGCUAGAGGCGAUCGCGGGGCGGUUGCAGAGAGAUCGGGUAGCCGAUGUCUUAUAGGCAGGGAUGGGCUGGCUGGCGGAGAUUUGAUAUUGGAUAUAGACGAAGGAGAAGAAGGAGAAGAAGAAGACGAAGACGAAGACGAAGAAGUAGACGAAGAUAAUGAAGUAGACGAUGGAGAGGAGCAAAGACGAUGCGAAGAGCAGCAGACUAGAAGAGAUGAUCGGCUGUGCGACUGUUCAGGGCCGUUAGGAGGCUGGGAAAAAACGCCCGCUGCCUGCAUACCAGAGUCCACCAAGCCCCCCCUGAGGAAGAAGAUCCUGAAGAAAGCCUUGAAGAAAGACGAAGAAGAAGCAAAUAAGAAGAAGAAGAAGAAAAGAAGACAAGAGAAGAAGGCAAGCUUGUUGCUUUUUUCCUUCUCUUGUCCCUUGCCGGUUCUUCUGCUCGGUUCUGUUCUCCGGUCCGCGAUGCAGAUGCUCAUGCUGAUGCUGAUAAGAGUGUACCGAGAUACCAUCCGUGUCCCAACGCAACGCCCCUAUUCAAGACCAAAGACGAAGACCAAGAUGGAAGUAGAUGAAGAUAACUCGCUCAGAUGA